GUCAAGGACAUCAUCACUUGUUUUAAAUGACUUUGAUUAUGAUUGAUUUAAUUCAAACAGUGCGCGACGCUAUAUUAAGAUUAAAUGAGUUUACAUGAAUAUCAAACUACGAUGUUCUAAAAGUUUAAACACAGGUUUAACAGUUACGUAACAGGAUACAACAAUAUUUACUUCGUUUAUCUCGUGUUAUUUUUUAAAUUAUCUCAAUCAAAAUAAGUUUACGCGAUUUAGAUAACACUUGGACAUUGCUUCUAUUAUCAAGUUUGAAAUGUUGUUCGAAAUUAAAUCUCGUCUGUUACUAAAUUAAAACAAUAACUAGACAGAAGAACGAAAUUCCGAAUUGUUAGGUUUCAGUUUUGAUGUUAUCGCUUCUCAUGGAAAGAUUAAAUUGAGGAGGGAUUCGAUGAUAUGUAAGAGUCUAAGACAAGUUUAUUUGGAUAAACAUGAAUUUUGCAUCGUUAUACAGUUUGUGGAUAAUAUCAUCUCUAAAGUCAUUUGAAACAACUGCUAUAAAAGUACAUCUUAACACAAAAUAUACAUCUUUCAGUGCAUUUAACAAUGCCACUUUUAUAAAAGCUAAUGUGCAUGUUCAAAGAAAAUAUAAAAUUUACAGACGAAAAGUAGAAAUAAACUUAAACAAUGAUACCGAAACAAACUACAGAGGUAGAUAUAGGGAAAGAAAAACACCUCUACAAAAUCGAAAGUUCCAAACUAGAAACGUACCAGAAGAAAUCUUUGCAGUGACUGAUAUAGGUCAAGCUAUAAAACGUAGCCGUAGAAAAAGAGAUUCGAACAUUAGAUGUCAUGGACUAUGUGAAAGAUCUUUAUGUCAAUGGACAGAUAGUUGGGAUUUUGAUAAAUACAGAAACCCAGCAUUUAUUCCAAAGGCUAAAUGUAGCAGCAAAUGCAGGUUGAACUCGGGAAAUGUAGUGAUUCCAAAUGUUUUAAAUAUGUAUACAGCAUGCGAGCCAAUAAAAAGAGAUAUACCGAUUUUCAAAAAUAAUGAAAAAGCUUACAUCAAAGACUGGCCUGUUGCGUGUGCAUGUACCAUCAAACAUAUAUCAAUACUUCAAAAUAAACAAAGAAAAGUUCGGCACAAAACUAAACAUGAAAAGUUAAGGAAAGGAGGGCAACGAAGACGGAUCAAAGUAAAAUCUAAAUACGAAUUGAAUAUAUCCAGAUAUUUUGAAGUCAGAGAGAAGCUACUACAACCAUUUCUGUUUCUACCAGAGUUUAAGAAGUAAUUCUUAAAAAAAGAACUGUCACAUAUGUUGUUAUUAACUCAACUUAUCUUUAUAUUGAAUUUCAAUGUCUAACUUUUUUAACUUUUAAAAUUAAAAAAUGAAGCUAAAAAAUAAGAUACGUGAAUAUGA